CCCAGGGCUCCGGGAACACAGUUGGUCCAGCGGUCCUGGGGACGCAGCCGGGUGGCACCGAAGGCCGGAGGACGUUCUCGCACAGCUCUGGGAGAAGACGCUGAGGAAUAAUCCCCGGCUGGAAGUGCCCCGGGUGUUUUUCAGAUCCCAGGCUCUGCUCUGUGCCGUGAUGUCCCACCGCAGACCGGGAUGAGGCAGCCUGAGCCUGGCUGCUGACCCCAGUGUGGGGGCUGAGCUCUGUCCUUGGCUUCCCGGCUGCCGUGAGGACCAGGAGGCCCCGCGUGGGGAAGCGCUGCCGAGAGCUUUGUGUCCAUCCCGUCCUGCUCAGGUGCUUCCCGCGUGGCUCUGGGAUGGAGGAGCGGAGGAAGAAGCGGAGCCCCAGAGGUCAGCUGGCACCCGCCAGAGCAUCACGGCUUCUGCCCACCAGCAGUAGCGCAUCCUUCGCCCUGCCGCUGCCCGCCCUGCCCUCACAGCGUGCCAGGCCCCGGCGGGCGAGCAAGGAGAGGGUGAGGGCAGGGGCAGCACGGGGGGCCCCGCUGCAGCACAGCUUCCUCACCGAGGUCUCUGAUGUCUGCGAGAUGGAGGGCGGGCUGCUCGGCCUGCUCAGCGACUUCCACUCAGGCAAACUGCAGGCCUUUGGGAAGGAAUGCUCCUUCGAGCAGCUGGAGCACGUGCGUGAGAUGCAGGAGAAGCUGGCGCGGCUGCACUUCGGCCUGGAUGUGUGCGUGGAGGAGCUCCCGGAGGAGCAGAAGAAGCUGGUGGCUGACAGGAACCUGGACCAGCUGCUGGCACACCUGGAGGAGCUCAGCAGCUCCAUUCAGAAGCUGCACCUGGCCGAGAGCCCCAGCCCUGAGGAGGCCGCGGCCUGACAACCGCCGGCUGCGGGGAGGCGGCCCCGCGGGAUGGGGAGGACGG